GGAGGGAUAGCAGAAGCUUCAGGACAGUGAGAGCUCGGCAGCGAGAGAGACGGGCUAUACGUUGCUGCAGAUAAAGUAGGGGACGUGGAAAGAUUUCGUUAUACCCAUUUGCGACGAAAGCAAAUGUAAACUUUGGGAUAAUACAGCUAGACGUUUGAGCUGCCAUCACUUUACGACUUAGUGUUCAACAGUGGAAUAUAAAAAUGUCGUCUCCAAGUCCGGGUAAAAGGCGAAUGGAUACUGACGUGGUGAAACUCAUCGAGAGCAAGCACGAAGUCACAAUCCUCAGUGGACUCAAUGAAUUUGUAGUGAAGUUUUAUGGACAACAAGGAACGUACGAGGGGGGCGUAUGGAAGGUGCGAGUAGAUCUACCGGACAAAUACCCUUUCAAAUCCCCAUCAAUAGGAUUCAUGAAUAAAAUCUUCCAUCCCAACAUCGAUGAAGCGUCAGGAACAGUGUGUUUAGAUGUCAUCAACCAGACGUGGACAGCCCUUUACGAUCUCACCAAUAUCUUUGAGUCGUUCCUGCCUCAGCUGCUGGCUUACCCCAACCCCAUCGACCCGCUGAACGGAGACGCGGCCGCCAUGUACCUCCACAGACCAGAGGAGUACAAACAGAAAAUCAAAGAGUACAUCCAGAAAUAUGCAACAGAGGAGGCUCUCAAGGAGCAGGAGGAGGGCCAGGGCGAUUCCUCAUCGGAAAGCUCCAUGUCGGAUUUCUCUGAAGACGAAGCCCAGGAUAUGGAGUUGUAGUGAUGGGAGACGACUCUCCUUUAAAACCACAGACUGUAUGAUUUCCUAACCAUGAGAAAGCAGACAUCAUAUUCAUAUAAGUUGAUUUUUUUAUUUUAAUAUUAUUAUUAUUAUUAUUAUUAUUGCUAAAACAAUGAUUUUUGUGGAUAUCAAGCCUCGGCGUAUAUCACACACCACCCGCUUUGUGUUUUUGCCAUGUCCUAGUCGCGUUCUCCUCCUUCAAUCCCUGUAAAGGUGUGUUGGAUUUAGCAGUCCCCACAUUCCACCGGUAGUUGGAAUGUCCCCUUUGACCCGGUGACCUUCGGCCUUACCCUCACUGCACCAACGACCGGACAAAAUGGAGACUAGCUCUAUGGGCUGGGCUGAAUAGGAGGUGGGAGUUGGGCAUCGGGGGAUUUCCCUUCUCUUUAUCUCAUGAAUGUGUUGAAGAAGAGGAACUAGAGAGUUAGGUCAUAUUCAUGGUCAUGGCAAUUAUGGUCCAUGUCUUCAGCCGAAUUCGUACCUGUCUGGAUUUGAAUUGGAUACAUCACCCUGCCGGCGUUGGCUGUCGACUUGUCCUGCUAGACAGGUGAUUUGGUAUUUUAAAGUAAUAUGAAAGAGGGGAAUUGCAGCUUUAAUAUCUAUUUUCUUUCACCAAUGUUGUUUUUCUGGUGUUCAUUUGUCAUUUGUGCUUUUCAUUUGGCUGGGGUUAGGAGCUGCCUAUGGUGUGUGUGCAGCACCUAGCUUGUACAGUGAUACUUCACCUUUCUCAUUAGAGCCUUAUGAACCCAGCCAGCGCGUCAGUCAAAGCGCUGACAUCGCUCUGAGCCUGUCCGAGCUGCUGUGGCUGUCGGACUACCUGUACCCCUUUAGAAAAGUACAUCACUUCCUGGAACGCCAUAGGUAUUAUGUAUCCACUGAAGUUUGUUAGGGGUGAAUAGUGCCCAGAAUGAGGGAUUGAACGCUGAUGUGUUGGAAAGUGAGGUAGAAGUGGCCAACCUUACCUCACCGGCUACAGCACAGACACCCAACAAAUUCUUCUCUGCUCUGUUUUUGUAAAAGAAAAAAAAAGUUAAAGGAACGUAGAAAAAAAUCGCAAGAAGCAUUUUUGUAUAAAAAAAAAGAAAAGCACAAGGUUUUAUUUCCUACAAACUCCUCCCUCCUAGAUGAUUUGGACCUUGUUUAUUUUGGUGGCAAAGACAGGAUUUUUUUGGGGGGGAGGCAUCAUUCUGUACAGUUUGGGCAUGAUCCAGAAGUGGUGUUGUGUUGGUCUGUAUUGCGCUAGGCUAGUAUAGGGCUCAACUAAAGUAGUACUGCUUGUGUGGCUACUGUCUGAAGUAUUGAGUUGCGUUGUGUACAAGGCUUGGUGAUUUACCUGGGUUACCCUUCACUCUUAGAUGGGGGAAGUGCAGGGGGGAUAUCUGCAGGUCUUUUUUUGGCUAACAUUGUUGAAAUGACCAACUUUGCCUAUUGCUCGCGCUAAACUAUGAUAUGUGUUUUUGACUUGAUGUAGCGAUAGUUAGUUUACUGGGCGGUGUCUUCAACUAAAGACAUGUAUGGGUCUGAUAACUAAAACAACAAUAGCUGAUUUUAAGUUUGAAGGUAAUGUCCAUUGUAGGGUUUACAUCAGAUAUAACAUGGAUCUAUACCUGCUGGUCCCCUUCAGAGAUGUACAGAUCAACGUGAGAGUGAUUCCAGACAAUCGCAAUGAAUUGACUGGUGGAGAAACUAGACUGAAUGUAUGAUAGUCUGCAAAACAAAAGCAUUGGGCCUGAUGAAAGUAUCAGACAAUGCGCAGUGUGAUCAAGGCCACAUUGGGAUAUAGAGCUUGGAUGGGAGACUGUUUUUCCUUGUUUUUAAUUUCAGUGUUCCCUAAAAGCUUGACUGUUCAACGCUCCUAGAUAAAGAUGGUCAAAUAUGGAUUGGGUUCCAAUCCAUUGCCUGGUGUAAGACAGGAAAGUGGGUUUGGGGUUCCCAUGUUUCCUCACAGGCCAAAUGGAGCCUGCAAAAACUGAAUGAUGUCACAAGGAUACGCAGCAGAAUACCUUGCAAUUUGGCUUCUGCCGUUUCCUGAGCUGCCUAUAUUUACUCACUCUAUAUUGAAACCUUCGCUUUUCUUUCUCGUUUUUAAUCAAAUCAUUUACAGGCACCACUGUUAAAACAAAGGUGUAUGUACUUAGGCUUCAGACAAAUUUUGUCAUGCUGAAGAGAAUUAGAACUUGAAUUUCUUUCUAUUUUACGUAUUCAGUUUGGAUUUAAUGAUUUUGUUUUUUUCACAUUUAUGCAGUAUUGUACUAAAGUGAAAAAGAAAGAGAAAUAAAUCCCAUUCAGAAAAAGUGGAGAAAGGCAAUGGAGGACAUUUUGUGUUUUGGACACUUGCAUAGGGGAGAAAAUGUGAUAUUUCGGUAUUUUUAAAGAGUGUUGUCCUUGUUAUAACUAUGUUGUUUUUUUAUUUUCAAGCAGAAGUGUCGAUGUUCCCACAAACAGGGUGAUCCAAAGACGACAUGUGUGGUGGUCUGUUGCUAUGGGAAACAUUUUUGUUUUCUUUCACUCUUUUUUUUACUCCCCCCAAACUAAUUCAGUGAUGAGGACUAUUUAUAACCUUUUUUUUCUGUUUGUUUUUAAUUCCCAAGUCGAGGACUCAAUGACACUUACAAUACAAAAAUCUCCAAUAAACAUGAGUGUGCUUCCGUUGCAACUUUGAUUCGACAUUAUUUUUGAAAAGAUUGUGAAAAAGUUUUACUGCUUGAUUAGAUUUUUAGCCCCUCGCUCUCUUAAAUACAUUAGACUAUAGGUGUACCAAUGUGAGAUCUAAUUUCCCCCAACACACUAUCAGCACUGACCCAAUGUGAGAUCUAAUUCCCCCCCAACACACUAUAAACACUGUCCAAGUCAACCUGUUCCAAGUAAUAUCGAGGUGGGAGGGGGCCAAACCACAUAGUGGUACAUAGCCCCACACACACACCCCCAAUCUCACACACACACCCAACCACACUUUGUGCGUAGUGAAGUCAGUACUGAGGGACUCGGCUGGUGGCUUCUGUCCAGACUAUUACAUUAAAGGGGAAAGUAGAGACCUGGCUUCCAUCUGAUCAACCGUCGGCGCCCCCCCUAGUCCUGUUUCGUGGCGUCACCCCUGACCCCUGUGUUGACUGUACUGUACCUCUCCCAUGCACUUGUCUUGCAUGCAUCUGGUGUGGAGGGGCUCGAUUCAUCAUGUGCACCUCACGUUCUGUCUUUGUGCUUCUCCAGAGUGGAAUGCACCACACCCAGACACAGUCCUAUUGCUCUCACUACAGGGGACAUUGGACACAGGGCAUGGAAAAUUGCUUAACAAAAAAACAUUAUAGGAACUGUAUUUGGUACCUGUCUACUACUUGAAAGUCGGGUGUUUUUUAAUUUUUUAACUGUCCUUGGUCUUAUGUGAAUUUCAGUCCUCUUCCUCCCUCCUCCCUCAUCCCCUCUCUCUUCUACAUUUUCUCAUCUCCGUUUACUCUGCAUUGUGAAGUGGGCAUGCUUGUCACAAGACAGACGCUCUCUGUCAGAGGAGGCUGCUGGGAGGAGCUUAAGGAGGAUGGGCUCAUCGUAAUGGCUGGAAGGGAAUCAAUGGAACGGUAUCAAACAUAUGGAAACCACAACUCUGUUCCAUUUAUACCAUUCCAGCCAUUACGAUGAGCCCAACCUCCUAUAUCUCUUCCCGGCAGCCUCCACUGCUCUCUAUCUACAGGAUUAUAACCUCAUAAAUAGUUGUGUAUAAAUACUCUGUAAGUUCUUUUUUUUAAUAAAAUAUUAACUGUGUAUAAA